AUGCUGCUCUUGCAUUCGUUCGUGGUUAAGAGCUUGGAGGUGUUCAAUAAAUGGCCACCAUUAUUAAUAAUACCAGUACUAAUAAGGGACAGUGACAUUCGCUCGUGUCUUUGUCUCUUUCUUGCUUCUGACCAGACUGUAGGGUACGACCCCAUCAUCGCGCCGGAGGUCUCGGCCUCCUUUGGUGUCCAGCAGCUGCCCCUGGAGGAGAUCUGGCCUCUCUGCGACUUUAUCACCGUGCACACACCUCUCCUGCCCUCCACCACAGGCCUGCUGAACGACAGCACCUUUGCCCAGUGCAAGAAGGGGGUGCGCGUGGUGAACUGCGCUCGGGGAGGGAUCGUGGACGAGGGGGCCCUGCUCCGGGCCCUGCAGUCCGGUCGGUGCGCUGGUGCUGCGCUGGACGUCUUUACAGAGGAGCCACCACGGGACCGAGCCUUGGUGGACCACGAGAGCGUCAUCAGCUGCCCCCACCUGGGCGCUAGCACCAAGGAGGCCCAGAGCCGCUGCGGGGAGGAGAUCGCCAUCCAGUUUGUGGACAUGGUGAAGGGGAAAUCUCUAGCGGGCGUGGUGAAUGCCCAGGCCCUUACGAGUGCCUUCUCUCCGCAUACCAAGCCUUGGAUUGGUCUGGCCGAAGCUCUGGGGACCCUGAUGCGAGCCUGGGCUGGAUCCCCCAAAGGGACCAUCCAGGUGGUAACACAGGGAACAUCCCUGAAGAACGCUGGCAACUGCCUAAGCCCCGCGGUCAUUGUCGGCCUCCUGAAAGACACUUCCCAUCAGGCGGAUGUGAACUUGGUGAACGCCAAGCUGCUGGUGAAAGAGGCCGGCCUCAAUGUAACCACCUCCCACAACCCUGCUGUGCCAGGGGAGCAGGGCUGUGGGGAAGGCCUCUUGACCGUGGCCCUGACAGGUGCCCCCUACCAGGCUGUGGGCUUGGUCCAGGGCACCCUGCCUGUGCUGCAGGCGCUCAAUGGAGCCGUCUUCAGACCAGAAGUGCCUCUCCGCAGGGGCCUGCCCCUGCUCCUGUUCCGGGCUCAGCCGUCUAAUCCUGUGAUGCUACCCACCAUGAUUGGCCUCCUGGCAGAGGCAGGCGUGCAGCUGCUGUCCUACCAGACCUCAGUGGUGUCAGAUGGGGAGACCUGGCACGUCAUGGGCAUCUCUUCCCUGCUGCCCAGCCUGGAAACAUGGAAGCAGCAUGUGACUGAGGCUUUCCAGUUCCACUUCUAAGCUUGGGUGGAGCAGGGGGGAGGUUUCUGAAGAAUCCUGCCCACUGUGAUCAACAGGAGAUCCACAUUCCUUAGGCUGACGCUGCUUACUCUGCAGACCUUGGCUGACCCCUGUAGUGCCGUGAUAACCACCCAAUAAAGAGCCUACCCCAAA